AUGGACGCCCGCGACUUUGGUCCGCCAUUUAUAGCCGCCGACGCGGACAUCAUCCUGCGCUCGACCGAUAAUGUCGACUUCAAAGCCCACCGACAGAUCCUGCGCAUAGCGUCGCCGAUCUUCGCGGACAUGUUCGCGCUACCCGAGGCUUCUCCCAGAGUAGUUGCUGAGCAAGGCAUAUUCAUGCUUGACGAAAGGAAGGAUGGCCUUGUCGUCGUAUACAUGCCAGAUGACGAGAAGGCGCUUCACUUGCUUCUUUUCUACUGUUACCCCCUCCUCGAACCUAUCCCCGCCAUCGAUAGCAUCGAAGACCUCGCCGUUGCCGCUCGCAUUGUGAACAAGUACCGACUGUCACGUCGUCCCGAACACGCAGACUUGCUUCUCCGCUUCGUGAAACAGUCGCCGCACCGAGCGUAUGCAAUGGCCAUCACAUAUCGCAUGCCGUUUGCCGCACGCAAGGCUGCGCGAGAGACGGUAGCGCUCCGCGACGAGCCGGCGGAGCUCUCCCCCGAGUUUCACUCCUUGACAGCUUACGACGUACUACGGCUCGAGAACUUCCGCAAGGAGUGCAUCCAGGAGAUGAAAGUGAUCAUGAAGGAUUUCAACUGGAUGACUCGCGCCGAGUUCCCUUUCGCGACCCGUCCCGAAGCCAACGCCGCUGUGCACGCUGUGCACGCUGGUCCCGGCGGUGGCAAUACUGGAGAGGUCUUUUGCGGGAACCCCGCAUGUCCUUCCGGCAACAGUCAGGGCAUGUAUAUGAUCAUUGUAUUGCGGAACGGGGUAAGGAUCGUGUGCAAGCCCUGGUUGGAGACGUAUCUGCGUACGCUUGUUCGCGACUUCGUAGCUCGUCCGGACAUAUCGGUGGCAACGGACUUCAACACUAUACUUCCUGCAUACCUAGCGGCGGCCAACUGCGAGCGGUGCACUAACGCCGUGAAGGUGUCCCUGCCGACGUUCGGCAGCAAGAUAGCUGCUAAGCUUCAGGCGGUCAUAGACAGCAAGAACAUAGAGUUACCCUUCUGA